AUGGCUACUGAGACUGCGUCGAAGCGACUGAAAACUGACCCUGUACGGAUUGGCACCCACAACGGCCAUUUUCAUGCUGAUGAGGCAUUGGCUGUCUACUUGCUGCGACUCCUUCCAGAUUAUGCCUCCGCAUCUCUAGUCAGAACACGAGACCAGUCGCUCCUUGAUACAUGCCAUACAGUGGUAGAUGUUGGUGGGGAGUAUGAUUCUUCCAAGAACCGAUACGACCAUCACCAGCGAACCUUCAAUACUUUCUUCCCCCAACACGAGACGAAAUUGUCAUCUGCAGGCUUAGUGUACAUGCAUUUCGGCAAAGCCAUCAUCUCCCAAUACACGAAACUGCCUCUCGACCACCCAGACGUAGAGCUUCUCUACCAGAAACUAUACGACGACUUCGUCGAAGCGGUGGACGCCAACGACAAUGGUAUUUCCCAAUAUGACGAUGCAAAGCUGAGACAAGCGGGAAUUGAGAAGAGAUUCAAGGCUGGGGGUAUCACACUUGCAAGCUUGGUGAACGACUUGAAUCACGAAGAUCCCUUGGCCGUGGGCGCACCGCCGAGAGACACUCCCGAACAACCACAAGCAGAGGAAGAUUACCGCUUUUCACAGGCCUCUACACUCAUGGGUAACGCAUUCCUGCGCAAACUCCACAGUGCCGCCACAGCCUGGCUUCCAGCGAGGACUAUUGUCAAGGAUGCAUUCGAGGCGCGAGAGAGUGCUCAUCCUUCGGGCCAGCUGGUCGUCCUUCCUCGAGCAGGUAUCCCAUGGAAGGAACACCUCUAUAAUAUUGAGGCGGAAUCGGGUCUCCCUGAAAACAAGCAAAUUCUCUUCGUCAUCUACCCUGAAAAGGAAGAACCAGGCUCCAAGUGGAGGAUUCAAGCCGUCAGCAAAGACAUGGCGAGCUUCGAAAAUAGGAAGAGUUUGCCGGAACCAUGGAGAGGUGUGAGAGAUGCUGAAUUGGAUGCACUCCUCGGUAGUGACGUCGAAGAUGGUGCUGUGUUUGUCCAUGCGGCCGGAUUUAUUGGCGGUCACAAAACAGAAGCGGGCGUCCGGGCAAUGGCAGCAUUGGCGCUCGCAUCAUGA